CCCUAUAAAGUCCCUCGCAGACGCUUCCUACCCUUGUACACCUCGACCUUCAGUGCGGCACCAUACCUUCGUCCAUCCACCAUCAACCCACAUAACGCAGCCAUGAGAGCCAGGAUGAGAGUUGCACUGCUGUUUCUGGCAGCCGCUGUUUGGGUGGCAAGUGCUCAGACCAACAACAGCAGCAACCAGCAGCAGCAACAACGCAGCGUCUGGGAUGAGCCCAUCAGGUUCACCAGUAAGAGCAAGGACACCUGCACCAUGGUGGUGUCUGGAGCCGGGGACUAUACUCGCCUGCGUGUCUCCUGCAAAGGACCGAGCCAGGGUCAGACCCCCGGACGCUCCUACUACUGCGACUUCCAGGGCAAACCCAACCUGUGCCGCGCCUACAACCUCAACCCUCGCCACUUCUUCACCCAGGUGAUGUGGGACAUGAGGAAGCUUAGCCACGCCUGCCAGGGACCCAAAAUCUACCGCCCAGCGAUGUGCAAGAAAUACCCCGAAGAGGCCCAGAUGACCUUCCUGGCCUCCUGGCCCAAGACCACCACACCCAAGCCCUCCAAGCCUGUGCAGGAGCCACGUAAGCCUGUGGUGCCCGCCCCGAACAAACCAGUCACCACCCCGAACAAAUCAGUCACCACCCCGAACAAACCAGUCACCACCCCGAACAAACCAGUCACUACUCCCAAAUCAGUCAAGCCCAAUCAGCAGCCCGCUAAGCCCCAGCCAGGCAAGGGCCCAUCCCAGCCCAAGAAAGCUGCCCCCAAGCCUGGGAAGACCACUACCCGUCCCACAGAGCAGACCGACGCAAAAUCCUCCCGCAUCGCCAACGAGUAUUGCUGGAAGAGCUUCCACGGCGUCUGCACCUACUUCAUCAGCUGGUUCCAGAACUGA